AUGUAAAUCCAUCCGUUCAUACGUAAGCAUAAACAAAGGUGAAUAAUGCCAUCUGUUAUGCUACAGAGCUGCACCACUGUUCUUCUUCGGGCUCACCAAAGCCCAAUCCUUCAACCAUUUCAUCAUCAUCAACAACACUCGUCACAUGUUUCAUACGCUUGCACCACACAUCUAACGUAACGCUUCAAAACCACCUCAAUUUCACCUUUUUAUUCCCUUUUCCCCAUUCUUCAAACCCUAGUUUCUGAUUUCCACCCCAAUUUGCACCCUACAGACGGCAUGAUAAAGAGGUAUUUAUUUUCGCAAGAGGGAAACUGAGUAUUUUUAUUGAAUAAGGGAUACAGAAAAGACGUGUAAAAUGAAGGGGAACUGCAACAAGUCGUUAAAAAUGUUAUUCAGGCUAGGUAUCGAAGAUUUGCAUGAUGAUGAAUUCGAGGGUUCAAAGGAAGAAGAUUCCAUUUUUAGAGAAGUGUUCUUCGGACAUGAAAACGAUAAAACUAGCAAAAAGUGUCUUGUAACUGGAGCAAUUAAUUUCGAAAACGAAAAUAAAAAACCUAAAGAUGUUUCAUUCGGUUGCAACAGUGACAAUUCGGUCAUGACAAGUAGAACAGCAGAUUCCCAGAACAUGAAAGAAUCCGAAGAGUUUACUAUAUCAGCAAGAAACGACGCCGAUGUUGAAGUCAAAAGAAGGAAGGUGUUACCUGAAGAACAAGUGUUACAAGUCAACGCUAAACCUUAUUUAGAAAAAGUCAUUAAUACUUCACUCCCGUUAAAAGAAACCGAUUCUUGUUUGUUCCAACCCACUACAAUGGUAACAUGUCGGUUAGUUGAAUCAUCUGGUCAAGGUUUUAAAUCCAGUUGUUAUCUGCUUAAAGGAACUGUCGGUGAAGUGUCCGACAAGGAUGGUUCGAAAUCCCGAUUAUCAAGCUCUGACACAAACGAUCAAAAAGCAACCGACGCCAGUGCUGCAACUGCAAUUGCAUCACCCGUUUCUCAGGAGAGCCACGUCAGCAAGCUUUUAGUCGUCCGGCCCGAACCAAGCGAUCCAAUUCAAGGUUGCAAACGAAAAUGGAAAGAUUCUUCAUUUGUGGAACUUGAUGAAGAUGAACUUUUAGCACCACCUGAAGAUUCAAGUUCAACUACCGACAUUAAAUCGUUAUUACGGUUUCAUAUCCAUCGGCUACUUCGGGAGGCAAAAUGGGUUAUUGGAAGGCGAAACCGAACCACUCAUUGUAAAGGACAUGGAGAAUUUGUGUUCAAAUCUCCAUCCGGAAGGCCGAUUCGGGAAUUUUACCGAGCGUGGAAUAUGUGUGGGCAGAAACUAGUUGCAGAUGCAAAUUACGUUAUCAGUGAUAGUAACGGCAUACAGUGGACCAGUUUGACCGAGUUCCAGUCUGAUUUUUCGGAUACGUUAAUGGAGAUCGAAGAACAGCUUAGAGUUCUGGAACCUGCAACUGCGUUAGCUCAUUGGUGGUAUUUACUCGAUCCGUUUGCGAAAGUGGUGUAUAUUGAUAAAAGUUUGCGGUACUUGAAAGAAGGGAAACCGGUUAAAACAAAGAGAAGCGUGGUGGACGGUUUUUAUUUUAGUGAUGAUACUGUUUUACCUUCAAAAAAUGAAGUUACCAUUGAUAACCAAAUUACAAAUAAUCUUUAUUCAUCAACCGGAGCGUCUGAAAUUGUGUUUCCGCAUGAAGACGGUGUGAUUCAACCCAAAGAACACAAGAAAUCAAAGAAGUUGUCAGAGAUGAAAUUAAGUUCUUAUGGCAUGCAAGAGAUCAGUGAGAGUAACAGGAGUUGUAUAAAAUCAUCUUUUUGCUCUUCUGACGAUCAACAUGAAAAGAAGCAAUCCGGGGUCAAGAAGUCAACCCACCAUCGUAAACAUGGAAAAGAGAAAAAAGGAAAUUGUCACGUUGACGAUGACGAUCUUUUACUUUCCGCCAUAUUAAAAAACCGUUCUACUAACAAAUCAUCACGUUUCAAGACAAAAUCUCGUGUCUCAAAACCUACAAGGAGGUCCAAGUCCAACAAGGGUCCAAAAGGAAGUUGCAGGUUGCGUCCACGAAGUUUGACUUUGACCAAAGGUGGUCAACAUCAGACGGAAGGAAGGUGGUCUGGACUCAGUGUACGAACAGUAUUAUCCUGGUUAAUAGAUUUUGGCGUAAUUAAAGUUAACGAAGUGAUCCAGUACCGAAAUCCAAGAGACGAUUUAGUGGUAAAAGACGGUUUAGUUACCCGAGACGGUAUCUUGUGUCAAUGUUGUGAGAAGAUUCUUUCUGUUUCUGAGUUUAAAACUCAUGCCGGUUUCAGCUUAAAAGGCCCGUGUUUAAAUCUUUUUAUGGAGUCUGGAAAAUCGUUCACUUUGUGCCAGCUGGAAGCUUGGUCAGCCGAAUACAAGGUUAGGAGAGGUGCUACACGCACUAUUGAGGUUGAGGAUAUCGAUGAACAUGACGACAGUUGCGGUUUGUGUGGUGAUGGUGGUGAGUUGAUAUGCUGUGAUAACUGCCCAUCAACCUUUCAUCUCAAAUGCUUGUGUGUUGAGGAGCUACCAGAAGGCAAUUGGUAUUGUUCAAAGUGCUCUUGCUGGAUUUGUGGGAAUGUGGUCGAUGACACCGAGGCUUCAAACUUGGCUGCAUUGAAAUGCGUGCAAUGUGAACACAAAUAUCAUGAGGAAUGUGUGAGAGAGAAAGGAACGGGAAGAGAGUUAGUGUCGUCUGCUACAUGGUUCUGUGGGGAAAGCUGUGAGGAGAUUCACUCGGGGCUUCAUUCCCAGAUCGGGAUUAUGAAUCCCGUAUCUGAUGGUUUCUCGUGUACACUUCUGAAAUGCAUUCAUGGAGACCUAAAAGUUCAUUCUGCACAGCGUUUGGUUGCUCUGAAAGCCGAAUGCAAUCUGAAACUAGCUGUUGCUCUUACAAUCAUGGAAGAAUGUUUUCUGCCCAUGGUGGAUCCAAGAACCGGCAUUGAUAUGAUACCCCAUGUCUUGUAUAAUUGGGGAUCCGAAUUCGCACGUCUCAACUAUGAGGGGUUCUAUACUAUAAUCUUGGAGAAAGAUGAUGUGAUACUAUGUGUGGCAUCUGUAAGGAUUCAUGGAGCAAAUGUUGCUGAGAUGCCGCUGAUUGCAACGUGUAGCAGAUAUCGCCGCCAGGGAAUGUGUCGGCGUCUCAUGAAUAGUAUUGAAGAGAUAUUAAAGUCCUUAAAGGUAGAGAAGCUGGUGGUAUCUGCGAUCCCGAGCUUGGUUGACACAUGGACCAAAGGGUUCGGGUUCACACACUUGGAAGCCGAUGAGAAGAAGACCCUGACCAAAACCAACCUCAUGGUCUUCCCAGGAACCGUGUGGCUCACGAAACCCAUGUAUCAGGGUGCACUCCAAAGUUCUCCAACCGAAGAUGUAGUUUUACAUGAAGAUGGAGACCAUGACUUGAUGCUCUCACGCGAAGAGCCGUCAAAAGCUGAAGGAAGCUCAUUUGAUACGGGUUUUGAAGUAAACCCGAUCAUAACCGGAAACAUUCAAUGACCGGGCAGCCCGAAAAGUUGGGCCGGGUACAAAAAGUGAGCAAUAAAAGUUGUACAUUUGAAGAGUUGAGAAGUUUUGCAGUUUAAAUAUUGGCAUUUGUGAUGAAAAAAGCAUAACAAUGGAAAGCUGAAGUUGAAGUUGCAUCUGUUGUGUAGGCAGGCAGGCAGGCAUUUGUUGUUUGUUAUAUGUGGGGAAAAGGAAUGUGUGGUAUGUUGUAAAAGGAAUAUGCAAAACUACAUGAGGGAUGUGUUAGAUGAAUUCUGUUGUACAUAACUUGCUUUACUUCCUUGUCCCCCAAGACAUGCAGCAACCUUUUUUAUUGCAAAAUCCUUGUUUAAUGUUUUCCUUUUGUAGGACCA